AUGGAACACUAAAAUUAUUGCACAACAGAAAAUGGAGUUAGAGUCUGUAAUGUUAGUUCUACUUUACCUAAUUGUGCAGCUGAAAAUAUCCUUAUCUAAGAAAGAAAAGCAUUGUGGAUGUCAUUAGCAGGAUUGCCGUAAUACAUUACAUUGGAUUUAUCUCAAGUGUAAGAAAGACCAAAAUUUAUCAAAUGUUUCGGGUUUGAUUGUUGGCAUGAUUAUUAAAGCAAUCCAUCAGUCAUUGAAUUGAUGGUAUCAUUAAAUGGAGAAAAUUUUAUCACUUGGACUACCUUAUAUCCUGAAUUGAAACAAGGAAUAUAGUUGUUUUAAAUUGAUCCCUUAGGAACUAGAUACCAAUUUAUUAAGAUCAUUAUAAAGGAGACUUUUGGUGCUUCUAAAACUUAUUUAAAUUAAGUAUAUUUGCUUGAAGAGUAUGCAAUGAUUAGUACAGAGAGUGUUACUGAAUCUUAGCAAUAGACUGAAAAUAACAAUAGUUAAUAUAAGCAACAAUUUGAAAAAGAAGAGCUAGAACAUCAUGAAAGAUCAGAUAGAAUGGAUAGAUUUGAAAGAAUGGAAAGAUUAGACAGAAAUGAAAGGAAUGAUAGAAAUGAGAGAAAUGAAAGAAAUGAGAGAUAGGAUAUGAAAAUAAAUGAAUAUCAUGAUUUAGCAUAAAAGAUUCAUAGUAUGGGUAGAGAGGUUGCCAGUUUGAAAUAGAGUCACCAAUAAGGAAAAUCAAGUCAAUCAUAAACUAAGUAAGGGUUCCAUAAAAGUAAUAUCACAGAAGAAGUGCCAGAUUCCUUUUAAAGAUUGACUUCAACUGAGAGAAUGGUUCUAGAUAUAUAGAGUAAGAAUUUGAAUGAGAUUAAUGUAUUAAAGAAGGAGGUUUAAGAUUGGAAGGAUAAAUGUGAGUAAUUAGAGAGUUAAGUGCAAAGAUUAUUUAAAUUGGUUACUCAUAUUAAGGAGAAAUAACAAGAACAAGAAGAUUCAAUGCAUAAAUAUAUUUAAUAGAAUUAAAGUGAGGUUAGUUUUGAUGCAAAUAAGAAAUAAGUGUAUAAUAAUGGUUAAGUUACCUCACAAUAAACUUAAUAGUCUUAAUAAAUGACAACAACUCAGUAGCCUUAACCAUAAUAACAUCAAAUGAUCAAGUUUGAAGAGGUAAUUGAUAAGAAAAUAACUGAAUUAUCAGGAAACUUCUAAACAUUAUUUUAAUAAUAAGAAUCAAAGUUUAAGAAUCAGUAAAAGGAGUUAGUCAAAAGCUUCAAGGAUUUUAUUCAAUAGGAAUAACAACAAGAUAAGUAUAGAGAUUAUGAAAAAAAGAAACCAGUUUCAAGGGGAAGAUAAAAAGAGAAAUCAGCAUCAAAAUCAUCCUCAGUCAAAUCAUCGCAUAGUUCUUCAAGUAGUUCAAUAAUAAACUUCAUAAAGUCAAAGAAGGGUUAAUCAAAAUCAAGAUAACAUUCCAAAUCACAUCUUAAAUCACAGCCUAGAUCUAGAUCUCCAGCAGAUUCCAAAGAAAAUGAUAGAUAUGAGAAUAAUAGACUAUCUCCAAAACAAAGAAAAGUGGCUACUUUAUUGGGUAAACUGCAAGAGAAAUUAUAAAAAAGAGUAAUAUGUGUAAUUGAUUAAUUAGGCUAAGAAAAUUGA